AAGCCGACCGUCGUCUCACAGUCAGUAUAGGCUAAAAUCAAGUGCCACAAAUACACACCCAAACGCGUUUACGCACUUAUACACACAUACCAGAAAGCGACAAGAUAUGGUUAUUUGAAAGCCGCUAACCAAGAAGUUCAAUGAAAGAUGUUAGCACAACGAGAUAAUGUUUACCAUCGACAAAUUCGAGACCCGUUGUACGGACAGUUGGUGAUUGGACCACCAGGUAGUGGUAAAACAACCUAUUGUCAUCGAAUAAACGAGUUUUACAAGGAACUGGAGCGAAAUGUGGCUGUUGUUAACUUAGACCCGGCAAACGAACAAAUGAGCUACAAUGCACAAAUUGAUAUCAUGAAGUUGAUCACCGUUGCCGAUGUUAUGGAGCAUUUGAAGCUUGGUCCAAAUGGAGCUCUGGUCUACUGCAUGGAAUAUUUGGAGGAGAAUUUCGACUGGCUACUGAGUCAUUUGAAGCAAAGCUCUGCGAAUUACUUCAUUUUUGACUGUCCAGGUCAAGUGGAGCUCUACACACAUCAUCAGUCAAUGACACGAAUUUUCAAUCGCCUAAACUCUCUCGGGUAUUAUUUGUGUACCGUUCAGCUUAUCGAUUCACAUUAUUGUUCCGAACCAACUAAAUUCAUCUCCACUCUGUUACUGUCACUGAAUGCGAUGCUACAGAUGGGAUUACCCCACGUGAAUGUGCUAAGCAAAGCCGAUUUGCUCAAGCAAUUUGAAUCGAAAUUAGCCUUCAAUAUCGAUUUCUACACCGAGGUCCUCGAUCUAAAAUACCUGCUGGAAGCGUUGGACAAUUCACCGGGAAUGAAAAAAUACAAAAAACUCAAUGCGGCCAUUGUGUCACUCGUAGAGGAUUACAGUUUAGUUAGUUUUCAACCAUUAGAUGUAAAGCGACGAGAUAGUUUAUUGCGAUUGAAAAAUAUCAUCGACAAGGCGAACGGAUACGUUUAUGGUGCGGCCGAAGAGAAAUCGAUCAACGCAAUGAUGGCCUGUGCAGUCGGUGCCGAAAAUGACAAUGAUAAAUUCUCUAAAGAUUAUGAACCAUACAUGUAAUGCCAUAUAUUUGGUAGAAACAAACGAAUCGUUGUAAGCGGAUUGUGUUCCAAAAAUCAUACAGUGUUUAUUAAUUAUUUCAUUAAAAAUACAUUUUAUCUAUGUUCUAUGCAGUUCCUGUUCCUUUGAAGAAAAAUAAAACAAAACAAAAAAAAAAUCGCUCUUCAUGAAGUUAAUCGAAUGCCUUUUCUGAGUGUUUUUAUUUUGCUAAUAAAAAAAAUUAUAAUAUGGAAUUAA